UACGACUUUAUGGUCAUCCAAACACAGCCUUAAGCGAAAAUUCCCGGAUUUUGAAUUUUUUCAACACAAUCAGUCCCUCUUUUCCGUCCUCCCAAACAUGGCUCUGCUCGGGGACGAUGGUCGCGGCUACGAGUUGGCUCGGAAGCUGGAAGCUUGCGGCGUAUGGAGGGCGUGGCUCGGCGAGUCGAGCCACGCCAAUUUCUUUCAUUACCUGAACUCGCCUUCCACUUGGGAAGUCUUCAUGAGAGUCGACGAAACCAAAUCUAGGGCUCAGAUCCAACUCCAACUUAGGGUUCGAGCUCUCCUAUUCGACAAAGCCAGUGUUUCGCUCUUCCUUCGCUCCAAUCCUUCUUCUUCUUCUUCUUCAUCUUCUUCGUCUCUUGCUAUUUCCAAGCUCAAUCCUACUUAUUUGCAGUUGCAUGGUGACGAUGUUUACUUCACUCUGGAGAAUUCUUCUUCCUCAGAUGGCGUUCAACAGCGAGAGACUGCUGUUCAAUCCAAUACGGUGUCGUCCAAGAUUCAAUCGAAAGGAUCUUUUGGUGUCGGAUCGAGAUAUGGUGAAUCUGAAGUUGAUAAUAUGUCUCAGAGAUAUAGGAAUGAGGAGCUACCCGAAACAUGGUAUAAUCAGUUUAUUGAAAAAUAUAAAAUUAGCAAGCCCUAUAGGUUGGUGUCACAGGGGGACCGAGAAUUGGAAAAACGCACACCAGAGGAGAUGUCUGCUUAUGUCAAGCAUCUUGAGAAGCAUAAGAAAAGACGCUUAGCGUUUAAGGAAGAUCAGUAUAUGGGUUAUGGAAGUUCAAUCUUGGAAAAUGCCUUACACAUGCAUCCAAAUUCUGUUCUAGAUGGCAGUACUUCAAGUGAUGAUGAUACAUUUUUCUUCCCAGAGACAAUGUUUACUUUGAACUGUGUUCCUGAUAGUGCACUCCCCGCCACAAAUAAAGCUGAAGACAACCAGAAGAUAGAGUUUUAUGGAGUUCUUGAUACCCUGCCUCGGGUUAUGACUAGGAGUCCUGUUAUGAUUGAGAGACUUGGUAUCAGGCCUGAGUACCUCGGCAUGGAUCAUGGAGGAAGUUUAUAUCGUGGGAAAUCUGGGUCUGGAGUAAACAAAAAAUCUCUUAGUCAAGAGCAAGCAUCGCAAUUUUCUCAAAAGGUAAUAGCUCGUAUGUUAACAAAUGUGGGUUUUGAAGGUGCCACAGAAGUUCCAAUUGAAGUCUUCUCUCAGUUGAUGACCUGUCAUAUCAGUAAGCUGGGUCACAUAUUGAAAGUUCUUGCUGAUAGUUACAGAAAGCAGUGCUCAGCCAUUGAACUACUAAAGAUGUUCCUCCAAACAGUGGGAUAUAGUAAUUUUGGGCCUUUAGCAGAGCAAGUCAAAGAUGGCUCCAGGAUUCUUGUUCAACAAAGUCAGCCGCAAGUUCAAGGGGUUCAGCCACAAUUGCAACCACAGCAGCAGGGUUCCGUUCAAUUGCCUCAGCCAAUGUCUAGACAACAAAUGCAGAUGCAGCAACUGGCUGCUUUUCAGCAAAAGCAACAGCAGCAGCAGCAGCUGGAGAGAAUGAGGCGACGUCAGCCGGCCACUCCUCGCCCUGCAAUGGAGAUGGAUAAAGAUAGACCCAUGGUACAGGUCAAAAUUGAAAACCCACCAGAUUUACCAAUGGAUGGUAAUUCCUUCAACAGUUUCAGUAAUAGACACCCACAAAUGCAGUUCAGACCCCAGCAAAUGGCUGCAUUAUCGAAUAUGGCUAUGUCAAAUGUCCAUGGGCAGACAAGCAAUCAGUUUAGACAGAUGGCUUCGCUACAAAUUCCUCAAGUUCAGACACAGCAAUCAAUGGGUGUUGUUAGGGCUCCUCCAGUUAAGGUCGAAGGUUUUCAGGAGUUGAUGGGUGGAGAUGCUUCAUCAAAGCAUGAUUCGGAGGAAAACAGGCUUACUUCCCCUUCCAAGUAAAUAUUCGGGCAAGCCCAGUAUGGCCUUUGUCUAGGGCCCCAUGAAAAGAUGGGCCCAGAACGAAACAUCUCAUAUUGAAUAUAUUGUACCAUUUAUAGUUAUUUUUUCCUUAUUUUUUGUUUUUAAAUAUGAAAAAGUUAAUUUAAAAGAAAAAAAGAAGAAAUUUUCAGUUA